AUGGCCGUCAAAGCAUUCUUCGAAAAUUCGCUUUGUGGAGGUUCAGGAGCAACCAUGGCUUUCACGGUGAGUGGCAUUCAGCAACCCAAGCGGAUGUUCCAGCCUCAGCAUAUCCAUUGCGUUCUAGCUCUCAGCAUAUUUUAUGCAACUGCAUCGCAUAGCUUGCAACAGUACGAUAAUCUCUCUGCGGACUACAACCACGUAAUCGCGAAGUUCGGCAUACUAACGUUUGACUCAGUGUUGUGCCUCCCAGAAUCUGGAUAUUUUUUCACCCCCACGUCUGCACAGCUUGUCAACGAGUAUGAUGCUCUCAACAAUGCAAUCGAGUUUUAUACCCUCAUUGUGGCUACCCUUAUUGGUACUUCCAUCGGUGGUCACCUCAGUGGCGGUAGCAGAGGUUACGGGAGCAGCAGCUAUGGCAGCCAACGGUCUUCAGGGGGACCUGGCAGUCUCGGAAGUAGUAGCUAUGGUGGUGCUUCUGGCAGCUACGGCAGCGGCAGCUUCAGUGGCGGUCACAGUGGCGGCGUCGGUGGUGGCUACGGAGUAUCCCCCCAUACAGCUGGACACGGUGCAGCACUCACCACACAGGGUGGACCUGGCGGACCCUCUGGCGGCUAUCCUUCAGGCGGAGUCGGUGGCUUCGGCCAGGGAUCCUCAGGAGGGUUCGGAGGCGCUGGCGUUACAGUUCCUGCCAAGGUGAUUGUACUCAAGGUACCAGUCGGUGACACCGGGUCGUUCGCUGCUGGACAAGGGGGACACCACAGCGCCGGAGUAGGCAUAGCUCAACAUGGACUUGGCGGUGGCGAUUUUGGAGGCAGUAAAGGGGGCUUUGGUGGAGUAGGACAUGGCGCUGGACAAUACCCUGCUGGCGGAUAUGGCAGUGCAACGCUUGGAAGUGGAAAGAGUAGUUAUGGCGCUAGUGGCUAUAGCGGUGCUGCGUUUGGCCAGGACAAGGGCAGCGUCGGAGGAGCACAAGGCUUUUCAUCUGCCGGCUUUAAAGGGGGCAAAGGAGGAUACACAGGAGCUCUCGGCGGCGCAGGUCAUGGAAGUGCUAAAGGUGCCUAUGGAGCUGGAGCUGGACAGCAAGGUUUCGGGGGUUCGUCUUUCGCUGCAGGUCACGGAGCACACUCUGCCGGCCAGGGAGGAUAUGGUGCACCGCAAGGAGGUUUUAGUGGAGGGUCCUUUACUGCUGGUCAUGGAGGACAUGGGACCAGCCAAGGAGGAUAUGCCGCAAGUCAAGGAGACUUCGGCGGAUCUCAAUUUGGAGGCGCUAGAGGUGGAGCUGCCGAUGGAGGAACUGCUUUCCAUGGAUCUGGCUAUGGAGCGGGAAAAGGUGCAUACGGUGGCGGCCAGCAAGGGUUCGGUGACGCUGAUUCCACAGGAGGACACGGUGGGCAAGCCGGAGGUCACGGUGGUCAUGCUGGCACUUCUUUUGGACCACAAAAGGGAGGUCACGUAGUACACGGCACAACCGCUUAUGGAGGAUCUGGCGGCGCUUCUGGAUCCGGUCACGGAGGAUUCGGGGGACCUGGUUUCACUAGUGGACAAGCGAGUUUUGAUGGUGGAUUUGGAGGACCGAGUGCUGGGAGCAGCUUUGCAGGCGCAAAAGGAAGCUACGGAGGAGGACAAAGCCCUCACGGCGGAGCGACCUACGGCACUGUAAAGGCGUCCUACACUGUGAGCCACUCAGGUUACGGCAGCGGUACUCAUGGAGGAGCAAAGGGUGGUUACGGAGGAGGCGCUGGGGCUUCUUCUGGAGGACAUGGUGGCGGCGCUGGAGGUUAUAAGGGCCAUGCAGGUGCCCAGCAAGGUUUCGGGGAUGCUUCUCAAGGAGGGUACGGAGGAGGAUAUGACGCUGGUCACGGUGCCAGUAAGGGAGCCUACGGAGCUGGACAAGGAGGACACGGUAGUGGAGCGCCAGGAGCCGGCGGGUACGGCUUUGGAAAGGCUGGUUACGGCAGCGCUCACGUAGGACAAGGAGGAGCUCAAAGCUAUGGUGGAAGCAAAGGAGGCCAGAGGGGAGGCCGUGGUGGUUAUGGCGCAGCUCCUACCGGUGGCAAGGGAGGAUGGAACUAAACGCGCGUUGUGCGUCGCUCCAGACGGGGAAACCAAACCACUGCCAGCUGCCCAGUAAUGUGUCAGCCGCGUACCAGGUGGAACUGACGCGAAGCGUCGAAAAUCGUCAUUGAAUUCGUUUUAGAAUGACUGUGUACUGUGUAACUUA